UUGGUGGAAUAAAUGGAGGAAAUUCUGAACGUCGAUUCCAUGCUAAGUCAUGUCGGCGACUUCGGAAGAGCUCAGGUGAUGUUACUGAUACUGUUCAGUUUCAUAAACUUCCUAUCGGCUUUUCACUAUUUCGGGCAAACUUUCAUCAGUGUGAUUCCCGAAUUCAAAUGCGAUUUCGAUACAGAAAGAGAAAACGUUACUGUAGGCAAAUGUGAUGUAUCCGAAACGCAUUCCAAUGGUUCACUGGACAGUUUUUCUUGCCCCAAUGGAUGGAGUUUCUGCAAGGAUAACACCUACGGUUAUGUUGGAAUAAUCGAAGAGUUGGGCUGGAUUUGUUCAGAAGAUUGGAAACCAGCUCUUGGCCAAUCGAUAUUUUUCAUUGGAUCAGUAAUAGGCAGUCUGGUUCUUGGUAUUCUAGCAGACGUGAUAGGACGUCUUCACGUCCUUAUUUUUGCCAAUAUGUUGGCAUUUUUCGGAAAUAUCGCUACGAUUUUAUCGAAGGACGUUACUAUCUUUGCUUUGAGUCGAUUUGUAGCGGGGCUGGCGACUGAUUCGAAUUUUUUCAUGAUGUACAUAAUAGUGAUGGAAUAUAUUCGGCCAAGUAUGAGAACCGUGGGGUUAAAUAUCAGCAUAGGCGUUUUCUACUGCAUUUCCUGUAUGAUAGUUCCAUGGGUUGCCGUAUUAAUGGGUAACUGGAAGAAAUUUCUCUUAUUCGUAUCUGUACCGCACCUGUUGGUACUCUUUUUCUACUUCCUGGUGCCCGAAAGUGCACAGUGGCUUAUCAGUAAAGGAAGAACAGACGAUGCCAUACAAUGUUUCAGAAAAGUGGCAAAAAUCAACAAGAAAUCAAUCGAUGAAGAGAAUAUACUAGGUUUGAGGUCAUAUUGCGAAAAGCACGUUUCUGUUGAAAAGCACCACGAAAGUUUUUUGGAUCUACUCAAGACGCCGAAGCUCAGAAAAAAGACGCUCAUCCUCAUAUUCAAAUCAAUGGUGAUGACACUCUGCUACGACGCAAUUUCACGUGACGUCAACGGCCUAGCAUAUUCACCUUUCGUCGUGUUUUCAGCAACUUCAUCGACAAUUCUGCCUGCUUGCUUGUUCAUUUCAGCCCUCCAAGACAAAGUAGGAAGGAAAACUUUGGCGAGUGGAGCUCUGCUGCUCAGCGGAAUAUUCACCAGUUGUUCUGGAACAAUACUGGCUCUGAUCACAACUCCAGAUCCAAUACUUAUCAUAUUAUUGGCAAUUAUUUCCCGAUUGUGCAUCAACGUGGCUUACAAUUCUGGAGCGCAGUACGCCGUGGAACUGAUCCCCACCGUUGUGAGGGGUCAAGGGGUCUCAGUCAUCCACGUCACUGGGUAUGCUGCUAGUUUUUUCAGUCCGCAGAUUCUUUAUUUGUCGAAUACUUGGGAACCAGCACCGAAAGUUAUACUGGGAGUUCUACUGAUUCUCGGUGCAAUAGCUUGUUUAUUCCUGCCAGAAACUCUGAACAAAACACUACCAGUGACGUUGAAGGAUGGGGAACAGUUUGGGGAAGAUGAGGGUAUUUUUGAGUUUUCCUGCUUCAAAACACCUAGUGAAAGUACUAUGACACUACACCGUGAUGUUGGCGGGUCUAACUCGUAAGCCCGUUUGUUGUUCGUACAUCAUGAAUACUGCCGAAAUAAGAAAAUAAUUAUGAUUGAUUUCUUGAUAACAGUUUCCUCAGUAGAAAGAAUAUUCACUUACUGCGCUUCACUCUAAGAGAAAAUGUUCCUUCGCGUAAUGUUUUCAUUUCUGGCUCAGAAAUACUCAGAAAUUGACUAGAGUUUUGGCAAAUACCGGAAGUCAUAGAUAUUCCUGUCCAAACGUUAAUUUUUUCUGGAUAUUGGGUAUGUGUUUCCCGGAAAACGUGAGGACUGGUGUCAUUCCAUUAAGGGCAAUAUUGUCUGUGAACAUUGCCGUUUUAAAAAAAUGUACAUUCGUCACAAAAACAAAUA